AUGAGCAUCGCUACAUUUGAAAAAUUGUUGGCCAAAAUUGAACCCCAUAUUUCUAGACAUGACACAAUGUUACGUGAAAGUAUUAGUGCCAGAGUCCGGCUUCUAUUGACUUUAAGAUUUCUUGCGACUGGGGAAAGGUACAUAAAUCUGCACUAUAGUUUUAGAAUAUCUGUACCAAGCAUCUCUCUUAUUAUACCAGAAACGGUGGCAGCUGUUUAUAAGGUCUUAAAAGAUGAAUAUCUUGUGACACCCACCACAUCCUCCGAAUGGAAGAAAAUAAGUGAUGAAUUUUACAAAUUAUGGAACUUUCCGAAUUGUUUGGGAGCUUUAGAUGGAAAACAUAUAGCUUUCCGGGCAACAAAAAAAGAUGGCUCUUUUUACUACAACUAUAAAGGGUUUCAUUCGAUUGUUCUAAUGGCACUGGUAGAUGCUCAGUAUAAUUUUACUUAUGUUGAUGUCGGAUGUAAUGGAAGAGUUAGUGAUGGCGGUGUAUUUUCUAAUAGUACAUUGUACACAGCAAUUGAACAAAAUGCUUUAAAUUUCCCUAAUGAUGAAAAACUUCCUCAGAGUAACGUGGAAGUCCCAUACGUAAUUGUAACUGAUGAAGCUUUCAGACUAACCAAACGAAUGAUGAAGCCUUGGGGUCAACGUUCGUCAAUUUCAGAAAAGAUCUUCAAUUAUCGCCUUAGUCGUGCACGGCGAGUUGUUGAAAAUGCGUUUGGAAUUCUAGCUAACAGAUUUCAAAUUUUACAAAGGGAUAUUAACUUAUCAGUUGAUAAAGUUCAGGAUAUUACUUUGACGUGUUGCGUUCUGCAUAACUACAUUAAAAAAAACGACGGAAAAAGUUAUCUUCAAGGUAUAGAUCACGAAAAUACUGAAUCUGUUAAUAUAACAAAUGGUAGUUGGAGAGAAGAAGUUUUCUCAACAAGUUUACAAGCAUGUACGGUUAAUCGAUCUCCAAAUGAUGCAAUGAAGAUCAGGUCAAUUUUCACCAAAUAUUUUAAUAAAGAAGGAUUUGUGCCGUGGCAAUGGGAAGCAGUAAAAAAAUUUAAUUUUUAAGUGAAUUUAUUAUACAUCAUUU